GGCGGCGGCGGCGGCUGCUAGAGCCCAGGGAGCGGGGCCGGAGCGGACUAGGCAGGCUGGGCAAGGCUGGGCUGCGCUGCGGGAGGCCGAGGUGUGGGCUGGGGGUGACCGUGCGCUGCAGCCUGCGACGGGCAGACGGACGGACUGACCGACGGACCGGCGGACUGCCGCUGCUCGGCCCCCGCGUCCUAGAGCCCAGCCCGGGAGGGCGGAGGAGGGGGCGCGGCUGCCCGUGCCCGUGUCCGGGGGCUGCCCGGCCGGCCCUCAGCGCUCGCCCCUGGCCUCGCUAUCUGCCCGCCCCCCAACAUGGUGUGUGGCGGCUUCGCCUGCUCCAGGAGCUGCCUGUGCGCCCUCAAUCUGCUCUACACGGGGUUAUAGGGGAUGCCAUGUGCUCCCUGCUAUCAGAUGCACCUCUUGGUCACUGAAGACCCUGCGGCAAAGCUGGUUAGCCUGUUGCUGAUCGGGAUUGCUGCCUGGGGAAUUGGCUUUGGCCUCAUCUCCAGCCUCCGGGUCGUUGGUGUGGUCAUCGCUGUUGGCAUCUUCCUCUUCCUAAUUGCCUUGGUGGGACUGAUCGGAGCUGUGAAGCAUCACCAGGUGCUGCUGUUCUUUUACAUGAUCAUUCUCUUGCUGGUCUUCAUCAUCCAGUUUUCUGUAUCCUGUGCUUGCCUAGCCCUGAACCAGGAGCAGCAGGGCCAGCUUCUGGAGGUUGGCUGGAACAACACAGCCAGUGCCCGGGAUGAUAUUCAGAGAAGUCUGAACUGCUGUGGGUUCCGUAGCUUUAACCCCAAUGACACCUGUCUCGCGAGCUGCUUGAAAAAUAGCCACUAUUGUUCUCUCUGCGCUCCAAUCAUAGAAGAGUACGCUGGCGAGGUGUUGCGGUUUGUAGGUGGAAUCGGCCUCUUCUUUAGUUUUACAGAGAUCUUGGGAGUCUGGCUGACCUACCGAUACCGGAACCAGAAAGACCCUCGGGCAAACCCGAGUGCCUUCCUUUGAUGGGGGACCCAGGGUGAUCUCCUGAAUGGUCCCUUCCUUCUUUCUUCCUGUUACAUAUAAGUUAAGCUAGGUGUCCUUUUCCUUAAUCAAGUGAACUUCCGUUUUAAAAUGACAAGAUAGAAGGGAGAAUUCUUUUUUGGUUUGUUUCAGCCCACUGCCCAUCUUUCCCCAUGUAAUGUCCUUUGCCAUGCCUCUUUUGGAAUACUGUCUUCUGAGUUAAAUUGUUCCCUCCUGCAGCCAUGCCGAUAGUCUAUAUGCAGUGCCCCGAUGCCUUUCUUAGCCUUUGUAUGUGCAGAGACAAUUUCAGUGGCAUUCUUAUUGUCAUCCACAUUGUGACCACUAUGUCUAUGCCUCUGGGGUCACACUGGUUAGAGAUAUGGGGUGGGAACCAGAGAAAGAUGGGGAUUUGAUUUGUAACUGAUUCUUUUAGUUUGAAUGAGUUCAUGGAAGAGACUCCCCCACUCCACCCCCCCCUUCCCAAUAUCUUUUUCUUAAGAGAAACUUUGUGUGGAGUAAAAUUCAAUUAAUUAAAGUGUUGAUUCAAGUUUUGUCGUGUUAUUUUAGGACAAGAUUGUUGUUAUUUAGAAGUAGAUAUGUGGUUUGGAAAAGUGGAACAGUGAGUCAUCCUGGGACCUGUAGGGUCAGAAGAAAGGUGGGAGCUCAUAGGUAUCUUCCUCCCCACAUCCCACCUCUGUUGAUUGAGAAGUGAUUAAUCCAGAAUGCAUCUGUCCUGAUUAUCUUUUCACCACAAUGAAUAGAGGCUUGAAUCCUUCUAUUUUUACAAAAAGCAAAGCAAUUAAAUUAUCCCAUGAGGUGAAAGCAUGAGAGUUGGUGACCUUGACACUGGCCAGCCUCCAUGAAUCCUGAGAAGUCCUUGAUGAUUGUCCAGGGGAAGCUCUCAGACACAAGCAUAUUGGGAUGUGAUUGUCAUGAUUUCCAAUUUGAAUAGAAUCAUAGCUAUGUUGUUUAUUUAAAAAAAAUAAAAGAUGGAAAAGCGUG